AUGGCAUUCUUGCAGCGCAACAUGGACCAGGGUCAUCAGCAGCCUCUCUCCAUGCGCAAACGACUUCGGCGGCGCAGGCUCAGGACCAGGGGUGGCAAUGGCUACAAGUACGGUUAUUACAGCUAUUGUCGGCCAACUGCCUCCGCGUCAACCACUACGUCAUCAACCUCCUCGGCGCCAGAGGCGACCAGCGAUGCCUGGCAGGUAUGCCGGACUUGUUCCGCCCUUUGGCGCAUCUUUGCCAGAGAGCUGCGGCUGUACUUCGUUCUCUGGGGGUCUUCCAAGCUUCUGCCCAUGGAGCUGCGCUUCAUCGCAAUAGACUCAGAGCAGCUCCAGGUGCAGUGCUGGUUCUCGCAACAUAGGCACAGGCAGGUGCUGAAUCUUUAG